AUGCGUUCUUCCACCGCCGCCAUUGCUCUUGCACUCGCUGCCUGCUCAGCAGCUGCACCCCAAGGUGUUGUCUAUGUCACCAGCGUCAUUGACCAAACCACUACAUACUGUCCUGCCGGAGCCACGAUCACGCACGCCAGCGGCACCACUGUCCUGACUGCUGCUACCAUGAUGACUCUGCCCGUCUCCUCCACUGCUGAGGCCGUCUCGGCCUCGACCCCUCAGGCUGCCUCCGUCUCGACCCCUCAGGCUGCCUCCGUCUCGACCCCUCAGGCUGCUUCCGUCUCCACCGUACCUACUGGUGGUUCGUACGAGUCUGCCCCUGUCUCUUCAGCCAUGGUCGUUUCUACCGGUGGCUCGUACGGAUCCGCUCCCGCCUCCUCCGCUGAGGUUAUGCCCACUGGCGGCGCAUACGGAUCUGCUCCCGCCUCAUCUGCUGAGGUUAUGCCCACCGGCGGUUCAUACGAGUCUGCUCCCGCCUCGUCUGCUGUAGUCAUGUCUGCUUCCUCUGUGGCCACUGGCAUGUCGGUCUCUUCGGUUCCCGCCUCAAGCCCCGUCUCUCCCGAGGAGACCUCCAGCGCUCCCGUUGCAGCUGAGUCAAGCCCUGCUCCUGUCGCCUCUGUCGGCACCGCUACCCCCAUCAUCCCUGGAGCAGCCUACGGCUCUUCUGCUCCUUACCCCGUGUCGUCUGCUGCCGGCGCUGUUGGCUAUGCUCAGCCAUCCGGCGCCGCUGGUGCUUCUGGCUACGCCCAGCCUUCUGGAGUUGCCGGUGCCACUGGUGCUUCGUCAGCUGCCAGCCCCUCGUCGACCUACACUGGUGCCGCUUCUCGCAACUUUGCCGGUGCUACUGGCGUCCUUGCCGUUGCUGCCGCUUUCCUUGCUCUCGCCUAA